CAUUACCUGGCUAUUUUAUUUUCCCAGAGCUUUGGCCUUACCGUUCACUGCAGCGUCACUCUUAACCCUAGAUCAUACCUUGUUCACCACGCUCGUUCCAAGGAAUGAUUGCGCGUAGACUGAAUACUUCUUUGAGCAGACAUCUGUUGUCGCCGCUUGGUUUUCAAUAUCCAACACCCUUCACACGCUGCUAUUCAGCACCUCCGCCAUCCGCAUCUACAGCCAAACCUGCCUCGAAACCAAGUCCUGUGGGCAAACAUCGACCAGGGGGCCAGGGCGACAGACUACGGUUUUUCCCUUUCUUCAUUCUAUUUCUUGCUAGCAGCGGGUCCUACUUUCUGUUGGUCAAGAAACGAACAGAAUCUCAGACGAACGUCUCCAGCGAGUCCCGACGAAAAGCACACACCGAGCGGUAGUGACGAAAAGGCUGGUUUCCAAUGGCCACCCCUGCUAUAGAUCCCACGUCUGGCACUUCCCCUCUGGCUCAGCCAGAAGCGCCACUCGCCUCAGCGAACAUCUCUCCAGCAUUCGAUCCACAAGAGGUUACUGUCGUAUAUGUCCUAGGAGGACCUGGCUCCGGCAAGGGUACACAGUCCGCCAAUCUAGUCCGAGAUUACGGCUUUGUACAUCUUUCUGCAGGCGAUCUCCUGAGAGAAGAGCAGAACACUGAGGGCAGUGAAUAUGGCCAGCUGAUCAAAGAUUAUAUCAAAGAGGGCCUCAUCGUCCCAAUGGAGAUUACGGUCAAGCUACUGGAAAAUGCCAUGCGCUCAAAACUAGGGAGCGACGGGACCGGGAAAUUCUUGAUCGACGGAUUUCCCAGAAAAAUGGACCAAGCCGUUUUCUUCGAAGAGUCAGUCUGCCCCUCGAAGUGCACCCUGUUUCUCGACUGUCCCGAGGAGGUCAUGAGAGAACGAUUAUUGAAUAGAGGGAAGACGAGUGGGCGAGCAGACGACAAUGAGGAAAGCAUCAUCAAGAGAUUCCGGACAUUCGUCGAAACAAGUAUGCCAGUGGUGGACAUGUUCGAGAAGGAGGGCAGAGUCGUUAAAGUCUCGUCAGUUGGGCGGGUCAAAGAUGUCUACGAGAAUGUGGUGAAAGGGCUAGCAGAUAUGGGAAUCCAUCCCUCGAAAUGAGACACUGCUCACUUCCCAGUUAGCAUCGAGAUCUCUCCUCGUUCCAUGCACAGCAGCGGCGUUGAACUGCUCCAAGUAGGCCAUUCUUACGCUGUGAUCAAAGAUACCUUGGCUUGGCCCAUGAUGCUAUUUGCAAUAAUUGGCUUGAUGCUUCUGACAACUUGAAUUAUCAAUCCUCAUCGCUACUACUCUCACUCUGCUCGCUCUCUCCUUCCCCGUCGAAUCCCAGGAACUCCUCAUCUUCCCCUCCAAGCUCAUCCUCAUCGUCGAUAUCCUGAGGAGGCAACAUGACGAAGGCCUUCAGGCAGGUGAUCCUGUUACCUGUCUCAUACGCCCCGAUCACUGUUCCGGCCUGGAUCGGUUUCUUGCUCUUCAAAGCGGCCAACACCUCGGACAGCAACAAGAGUAUAACGCGGAUCGUCCCGUCACUGCUCGCCGUAACAAUGGCGAUGUCUUUUUGGCCGUGGGCAUUAGCGGGAAGGAAGAGCAGCUCAAAAUCUUUGAUACGCGUCGUGAGCCCUGCCGUUUUCCCACCAACUGUUGCGACAAGAGCGGCGUCCGGAAUGGAUGCGGGGGCGGUCCGGUCAUUGUUGUUUGUUCCAUUCGACGGAAGCGGCGGG